AUGGCCUCUCAGCCCUCACUUCUCGCCGCCACGGCCAAGCUCAACAAUGGCCUCAUCAUUCCCCGCAUCCAACUCGGUCUCUACAUGAUGUCCACCAAAGAAGCCACUGAUGCAGUUCGCCAGGGCCUUCUCACCGGCUACCGCGGUUUCGACUGCGCGCAGAUGUACCACAACGAGCGCCAAGCCGGUAAAGCCAUCAGCGACUUUCUCGCCAGUAGUGAGAACGCGGCUGGUUUGAAGCGCGAGGAUAUUUGGUACACCUCCAAGCUCGCCAGCUGCGACGAGUCGUAUGAUGCUGUGCGACGAUCUGUCAAGAAAUCCGUUGAGGCCUCAGGCUUGGGAUAUAUUGACUUAUUCCUCCUCCACAGCCCAUAUGGUGGAAAGACAGCCAGACUUACGAGCUGGAAGGCGCUGGAGGAUGCUGUUGAUGCGGGUGAGAUUCGUGCUGCCGGUGUGAGCAACUUUGGCUCCGCUCAUAUCGAGGAACUCAUGGCUUCCAACCCUCGCAUCCCUCCCGUGAUCAACCAGAUUGAAGUUCACCCUUUCAACACCCAAGAGGGAAUCCGCGCCACCUGUGCCAAACACAGCAUCGCCAUCGAGGCCUACGCCCCUCUCGCUCGUGCCGAGCGCAUGGAUCACCCUGCCAUUGUCAACAUGGCCAAGAAGUACUCCGUCACACCUGCUCAAAUAUUUGUCAAGUGGGGGCUUCAACAUGACUUCAUCACUCUCCCCAAGAGUACCAAGCAGAAGCGUAUGAUCGAGAACGCAAGCGUUGAUGGGUUUGAAAUCUCGGAGGCUGAUAUGAAGGAGCUGGAUGGUUUGGAUGAGCAUUUGGUUACAGACUGGGACCCAACUGACGCGCCCUGA